AAUCUCAGUUUGAUCACAGGCCCCUACUCUUGAUAAUCCCUAUAUUCGUUCGAACAAAAUAUACGACACUCACCACUCUGAGUAGAAGACCCAAAGAACUGCGUAAUCUGUUCAAAAAGGCAGGAAUUAAUCCUUAUUCCGGUGCACGGCAUGGCUUCUCAGGAUGUUGCAUUCGACGCGCUAGUCGAGGGCCUCGCCGACACUGUCAACACCCUGGAUACUGAUCUGAAGCCGCUCAUCGAGAACUUCAAGGAAAUAUCUUCCAAAUUGCCGGUGUUAGAUCAGGCCAAACUCAACGUUCUCUUGGCUUACUCAAUAGAGUCCAUAAUUUUUAGUGCUCUGCGUCUGGAAGGAGUUGAUGCGAAAAACCAUGACGUCUUCAGGGAACUCACAAGGACCAGGCAGUACUUUGACAAGAUCAAGAAGGCCGAAACACCGCCCGAGCCACGCCCGGAGGGGACUGGCGUUGACACGCAGGCUGCCAUUCGCUUCAUCAAGGCCGAUCUGGCCGAUGAGAAGAACAAGGAAAUGAACUUACGACUUAAGGAGUUAUUGGCAAAGGAGAAGGCGAAAGCCGCGCUCAAAAAGAGGCGUGCUCCAGAAGGAGCCGAAGCCUCUGCUGAGACGAGUGAUGCUAGUGUUAACCAGUCGGACAGCAGCAAUGCCAAGCGGAAAAAGCACGGUAGCAGCUCCAAGGGACCCAAACUGACCAAGUGAGACCAGAAUCACUUGUAGUUCCUGCGAUUUGGGUUGAGCCUGUGGGGCCAAGCCAACCUUCCCGCUGAUUUACUACGUAUGAAGUCCGCUGCUCCACCCAUCGAGAGGCUGGUACGUAUUUGCACCACAGGCUUUUCAGGAAUAAGGCCGUCGCUUACAGUGACAAGAAAGUAUGCCUGGUUUCGGCGUCUAAAUGCUGGGUUUUUGACUUCACGAAUAUAGAAUGGGAACAGUAUUGGCUGGUAGUGAGCCUGCCAGAAGAGAAAAAGAAAAUCUCGACCUGGCUGGCGGCUUACAAGAAGAUGAGAUGAACCCGAGAUACCCUGAGCAUAGAGCAACACUGAUCCAUACAAGCCACAAAGAUACGGUGUGCUACCAUGAGCAUAAAUUCUCUUGCAGUCUCAAGAUCUGAAAAUAAAAUGCUUACAUAUUACAUGCAGUCCCAAAAUGUCGAAACCUCUUCCAUGAGCUCGAACUUGUCACGUGAAUCCAGCUCGGCAUAGCAUAGUCCAAGGGUCCCAGCGGCUGAACAGCGUUGCCGGGGUCCAUCCAUGCGCCCACGGUCCACUUUCACC